ACCGGGGGCGGGGUUAGGGGAGAGAGAAGGAAAAGGUGGCUCAUUAUAUAUAUACUGUAUAUCACACACACACACACACACACACACACACACACUGUACAUAUAUAUAUACACACACACACACAUAUAUAUACAUAUAUGCAUAUACAUAUAUACAUAUACACACACUAUGAAGGACUAUAUUAUUUUCAUGAAAUUUAAUGCACCGCUUUAAUUUUUUUAAGUACCUCAAAACAGUGUACAGAAAGAUAAAACAGGAAAAAGAAGGGGGGGAGACUACAGCUAUGCCAGAAGUUAAAAUACUAAAAGCAUUAAGAUUCACCUCUGCAUCUGGGCAGACUUGUCUAAACAGGAAUGUUUCCAGCAGGCGCUGAAAAGUGUACAGUGAAAAGGAGGCGCCUGCUUGAUCUCAAUAGGCAGGGAGUUCCAAAGUGCUGCAGGUGCUGCCACACUAAACAAAUCGGUAUUACGUGGCACCUGUUUGUUUCAUUUUGUUUUUUGAACAAGAAGAGUAUUGUUUUACUCUCAUCACCCAAUUUUGCAGGCAGCUGUGUUGGUCUGUUUAAGAAAGUGACCGAGGGAAGGAGGAGAUAAAACACCCCUAAAAGUUAACAGUAAGGCAGGAGUGGGGAAUCGGCAUGCUGCCCCCACCAAAAAAUGUUUUUGGGACUAUAAAUCCCAUCCUUGACUGCUGACCAUGCACUUCAAGCCCAGCAAUAUCUUGGGAAGGCUACACCUUCCUUACCUCUGGUUCAGUGCCUUUAUUAAGGCUCUGAUCCUUUGCAUACUUAAUUAUCUGGUGCUUGCUUCUGAGUAAAUGUGUAGGGUUAUACUGAUGGAGCAGUUAAAAGAGAGUAGUGUUCUUUAGUUCCUAGCCUGUUUAUUGGUUCCAAGAAAGCUGUUGCCCUUAUUUUACUUUUGGGUGGGUGCAAAAUCUUCCUUUCUGUCAUUUGGUUGUGAUGCCAAAAGGGGUAGGGAAUUAACUUUAAAGUUGAACAGAUUUAUCAAGGCAUAAGCAUCCAUGGGCUGGAGCCCACUUUGUCCUCAUUUGGCAGAUAAUGACAAAUUUCCAUAUAUAUCUGAAUUUGUGUGUGUGUCUGUAUGCAUGUGUUUAAUUUUGGGCCUUUAUCUUUUUUGACCAAAGCAACAUUUAAAAAGAACAAAACCAUUAAUAACAACUAGGUUAAAGUUAAAACAACAGCACAUUGCUAGCUGAGGCCAGCAUUUUAUGUAUUUGGGCUCGAUCCCAUGGAUGUCUACGCCACAAUAAAAUUGUUCAUCUUUAAGGUGCCACUGGGCUCCUUAUUGUGGUUGAUGUAGCAGACCAACAUGGCUACCCCUCUGGAUUUGGUGGUGGCAUUGAUCAUACAUGACCCAUGUGAUGGGGACAAUGACACAGGACUCAUGGGGGGGGGAGCAAGCAGUCUUAGGUAGAAGUGCUUCCUUGUGGCAUAGGAUUCAGGCUUGCCUUUUGAUAACACUUGGUCAUUCUAGAAAGCCUCUGGCCUCCCCCAAUGCUCACUUCCUUCCUGGCAGAGGGUUAACAUAUAAUGCCCCCCUCCCCCUUGUAGGAGGGUUGUGUAUGGUUAUAUAUAUUUAUAUAUGCUGGGGUGGGAGUAAUCUCCUUUUCAAACCAAACUUCAUAAUGGCUUCUCCUAUGAACUGAAGAAGAUGUGCUUUUUUGUUUGUGUACCGGAAAAUAAACAAAAUAACUUGUAUCCUUUUCCUUUGGGUUUUAGAUGGGUUUGCAAGUAGCCUAAUUUGGGAAUGUAUCUCCUUUGGCACUGUGUUGGUGGCUGGAACGUUUUGUGAUGGUACCUGGAAUGUUUUGUACAUACUGUACAGCCUUUCCAUUCUAACUUCCAGCAAGACCUGUAGACUGAUUGACUGUGUCAGCCCUCAAAUAAAAGACCCCUUUCCUAGAUCACUGUUGAGAUUCCGCCUCUUCUGUUGUUUAGCUUAUUUCUGUUUCACUCUUCCUUCACUGCUGUCAAGGUGACAUCUUUGCAACAUCCCAUGUGAGGCAGGUUAAGCUGAUGCGUAGUGAUAGCCUUGUAGUGAAUGAGCAUCAUGGACCCCAAACCUGUGAUUCCUGCUUCUUAACAUUUACAUCUAGUAUUGCUUCUGGCAUGUGCCAGCAAAUGUUUAAGCAGCUGCUACAUAUGCUGCUGUUUAUCUAAUUUGGUUCAUUAUUUUGCUGAUUGGAGGUGCACUGGUAGGAUUAUAAUCUGAUAGUGAUUUUUGACUUGUGGAAACCUUUCUGUUUGCAAUGUUUAGGUAAUGACUUCUGCAAUCUUUGUAUAUCUUCCUUACACUUGGUAGUGCUUUCAGUUUUGAACAAAACCUCCUAAAUGGAGCUUUGUGCCUGGUUGGAUAGUCUCAGUGUUGGAGGAUUUUCUGCCUGUGCUUUUAGUGGAUGGUUAGGUAGGGACUUUUUCACAAAUACUACUAUACAAGGAGACUGAAUCAGAUUUUUAAGUAGUGAUGAAAUCCCCAUAACACUCAGCACAGGAAAGUCUGAAUGGCUUUGGUUUGAAAAGGGGCACAUGGCAUAUUGUAAACGUUUGCUCCUUCCGUUUCCAUUUCACACAAAGCCCCAAAUUGAAAGCUAAUUUUUGUGUUAUGAUAAAUAAUCCCAAAGUGAUAGCACUCUUGAACUUAGGCAAAGCGCAUGACAAAUUACUUUCCUUGGGAUGAUAAAGUGGGAAUUUCUGUAAAGGCCCAUUGUAUGCCAGUAAAGGCUGAAAAUGAAUUUUGUACAGAAAACUUAUAUAGCUACUAGAUAAUAAAGUGUCUUUUUCCAGGUACACAACCAAACAAGUGUUUUUAGUUUGAAGGAUUGGUGAAUAAGUGAUAAAUUGAUUAUUGGUUGGAAUUUGGCUCCAUGCUAAGCAAAUUGAAUAGCAGUGUAAAUUCAAGUGUGUUUAUGUGCUGCUGGGAUUUUCAGUAGGGUUAGGAAUGGGGGGACACACACAGUUACUGGGCAGCUUGUAGUCUGGAAUGAAUCAAUUGUGAAGAACGGUGGGAGCAAAUUGUAACAUAUGCUCAUGGCCUAUAAAGUAAACAAUCUACAUUUGUAAAUUAAGGAGGUUUGACAAACAUACAUACAACUGUAAUACAAAAUUGCUUUCAGAUGGGCAGGAAAAUUUUCAUAUUUUUCUAGGAAUCGAAUCCUCAUUUUUAUCUUGAGCAGUCCAAAAUUGUUCAUCUUCAUCAGAAGAUGAAAUAACAUUGGUAUUGAGAUACUCAAGGCCAAAACUCCUGUGGGAAAAUGCUUUUGGUAAUCUGUUGCUUGUUGCGUUAUUUUUUAUUUUAAGCUGGUCAGACUUUUAUGCAGUGUCCAUCUCGGACUGGUGGAAUUCAUUGCUGCGUUUCUGUCAACUCACUUUUUCCAAAUCAAAUGGAGACCAUUGGAUUAUUACUAACAUUCUUCAAUAAACUAAACCAAUGUUGCACAAAUAAUUCCACAGAAAUUAUUAGACAAUAAAAAUGAUUACUAAGCUACUUACCGAUCAUACAUUUGUUGCACACACUUCAGUUUACAAAAAUAUCUUUGAUUACCUGAGGGUGAUUCUUACUUGCCAAAGGUGACUAAAUGAAUAGCUGUUUACAAGCCCAGAAUAAACCAUUUAACUGUAUUUAAGGAGACUUCUGUAUCUCUUGAGCAUUACGGUAUUUUUAGUACUUUCUGUAGAGAACCUCCUUAAAUUGCACAUAUGUUACUGUUCCUAUAUAUGUGUGUCUCUCUAUCACAUAAUCAGCACUUCUUUCCUCAGCCAAAUGGCUAGGGGUCGAGCCUAGCCAUGAUUUUACCUCCAAUGGACGCAAGUUUCUUUGGUGAAGAUUUCUCCUGAGAGUUCGAGACUAGCAGAAAGAAGCGAGGAAAUUGCGACCGUUUGGUUCUUACGGAUAGGUAUGAUGGGCGUGGUCACCUGCAUGACCUUUCUGAAUAUGAUGCUGAAUAUUCCACAUGGAACAGAGAUUACCAGUUGUCUGAAGAGGAGGCUAGAAUAGAAGCCCUCUGUGAUGAAGAGAGGUAUUUAGCCUUGCGUACGGACUUGCUUGAGGAGGAGGCAAGGCAAGGUAUUGCUCAAGGACAACUUCCUGAGUUAGAACACAUUUAAUUGAAUAUAACUUUUUAAAAAAUUCGUUCCCACUCAUUAUAUACUCACUCUUUCUGAUAUUAUUUUGACAGUACCCAGUGGAUUCGAAAAGCAAGCGUCUUUGCGUAUCUGAGAGGACCUCAGGAUAGUUUAUAUGUAGAGCCACACAGAAUUUGCCCAAGUUUUGAGGGCAGGCUGAGAAUUGAGACACUUUAAACUGUUCUUCUUUAACAGUAUUGUAUCAAUUAAAAAGUUCAUGUCUUUGUCUUUGUUUUAAGUAGAAUGAUUUAACUCUUAAGACACUUAUCUCAGCAGGAGAAAACUGAUCAUCCAGACAAAACCAAAAAAAGCAUAUGCCUUCUGCCCCCUGGGGCUGACACAAGUCUCAGUGACCACAGAUGACCUGUGUGGUGCAUUUGCUGUAAAUGGUUGUGGUUGAAUGUUAGGUUUCAAACCAUUAACAUACUUUGAAAAAAUAAAAGUCUUGUGGGAGUUUUGUGUUCAUUUUUUAAUUGAAUUUUGCAUUUUUAUUCAAGAGGAAGAAUAUAAGAGACUCAGUGAAGCUUUGGCAGAAGACGGUACCUAUAAUGCAGUGGGAUUCACUUACAGUAGUGAUUAUUAUGAUCCUUCGGAGCCCACUGAGGAGGAGGAACAGCCUUCAAAAGCAAAAGCUGCGGCGGCCAAGGCAGAACAUGUAGAGGAAAAUGAAGAACCAUUUGUUGCUCCUUUGGGACUGAAUGUACCAUCUGACGUUGAGCUGCCACCAACAGCAAAAAUGCAUGCAAUCAUAGAACGGACUGCAAAUUUCGUCUGCAAGCAGGGGGCUCAGUUUGAGAUUAUGUUGAAGGCAAAACAAGCUCGGAACUCUCAGUUUGACUUUUUGCGGUUUGACCACUACCUCAACCCUUACUACAAGUUUAUUCAGAAAGCUAUGAAGGAGGGGCGAUAUGCUGCCACUUCAGAAAAGAAAAAAGAAGAGGAAAAAAAUGCAGGGGGUACUGAUGAUGAAGAUGAUGACUACGAUGGAGAUAACUAUCUGCACCCAAGCCUCUUUGCUUCUAAAAAGCACAGUAGACUUGAAGAGCUUAUGAAGCCUUUAAAGGUGGUGGACCCUGAUCACCCACUGGCAGUGCUCGUUCGCAAGGCUCAGGCUGAGAAUAACUUGGUUGCCCCACAGCCAGCUGAGGGAGCAGCUGUUCAGUCGUCACAAAUAGAAUAUUCUUCAGAUCCAACUGUGGCAGCCAUGUAUUACAGUUACUACAUGCUGCCAGAUGGAUCAUAUUGCCUCGCCCCUCCACCCCCAGGAAUUGACAUGGCAACUUAUUACAAUGCACUACCAGCAGGAGUGACUGUGUCUAGCACUACAGGAGUAGCCACGAUGACAGCACCACCUCCUCCUGGCACUACACCGCCACCAUCUACAGAGGCAACUGAUGACACCAGUGGUGUAAUGCCUGCCACGACUACUUCAACAAGCACAAUUCCUUCUGUGGUUACCAUCAUCCCCCCACCCCCAGAUAUCCAGCCCGUGAUUGACAAGUUAGCUGAAUAUGUUGCUAGGAAUGGGAUUAAAUUUGAGACCAGUGUCCGUGCCAAGAAUGAUCUAAGGUUUGAGUUCCUGCAACCUUGGCACCAGUACAAUGCCUACUAUGAAUUUAAGAAGCAGUUUUUCCUUCAGAAAGAGGCCAGUGACAGCUCAAAGCAGGUAGCAACUUUAUCGGAGGAUGUCCCUGCUCAUACUGCCAGCACUGAACCGGGAGAAGCCCAGUUUCCCACUGACAACAUGUCUGAAGAUCUAGAAUCUGCUGCCCAAGGAAAUGAUAAACAAGAUGCACUGGCCAUUAAAUUUGGGAAUGAUGGCAAACUGGUGAAAGCAUCCUUUGCACCAAUAAGCUUUGCAAUCAGGGCCAAAGAAAAUGACAUGCUUCCCUUGGAGAAGAACCGUGUGAAACUUGAUGAUGACAGCGACGAGGAGGGGGAAGAAGGCAAGGAAGGCCAAGAGAAUGCCAGCAGCACCUCAAACAGCCAUUCAGCAUUUGCCAUAUCCAGCGGGGCUGCUGAAGAGAAGAAGCCUCAGCUGACACAGGAGGAGCUGGAAGCCAAACAAGCAAAGCAGAAACUAGAGGACAGAUUAGCAGCGGCAGCAAGGGAAAAGCUAGCCCAAGCCUCCAAGGAAUCGAAAGAAAAGCAGCUUCAGGCGGAACGAAAAAGGAAAGCUGCACUGUUCUUGCAGAACCUGAAGAAUCCCCUGGCAGAUGCAGAGGUUGAGAAAAUGGAGGAGCAUGUCUUCAAUAUAGAGACUGUUGGUAACAUGCCGUGUCCCCUGUUGACUGGCAUCAGGACAUUGCCAACCUUGGAAGCAAAGGCACCUGAAAGGCCUUCAAGCAGAAGCAGAGAUCUGCCCAGGGAAGAAGAGCGGGAGAAAAAGAAAAAAAAGCACAAGAAAAGAUCCCGGUCAAGGUCAAGGUCGCCUCCUUCCAAAUAUCACUCUUCGUCUAAAUCCAGGGUUCGGUCACAUUCAAAAGCCAAGCACUCACUUCCCACUGCCUAUAGAACUGUCCGGCAUUCCAGGUCUCGCUCAAGAUCACCCAGGAGAAGAGCUCACACACCUGAAAGGCGGAGGGAGGAGAGGAGCGUCCCAACUGCAUAUCGUGUCAGCAACAGUCCAGGAAUGAGUAGGCGGCGCACACGUUCCAGAAGUCCCCAUGAAAAGAAGAAAAGGAGAUCUCACUCCCACACCAAGUCCAAAGCGAGGUCUCAUUCGCCAUCCAUCUCUCCAGGCAAACAAUCUGCACAUAAAAACUCCACCCAUUCAGCCAGUGUCUCUCCUGUGGAGAGUAGGGGAUCCAGCCAAGAACGUUCUGGGGGAGUUUCUUUGGAAAAAGACGGCCAGAUCUCUUCAGCAAUUGUGUCGUCAGUGCAGAGUAAAAUAACUCAGGAUCUUAUGGCCAAGGUGAGGGCAAUGCUGGCAGCUUCCAAAAACAUCCCAACUAGUGCCUCCUGAGACCAGAAGGAAGGGACUCUUCAGAAUGCCGUGUACAGAAGGAAACUUGGUUCCAGUGGUUCCCAACAGCAGAGUUCAAGGAGCUGAAGUCAUUGUUGUGUACAGAAGAUCUCAUUGGAACUUCAAUGAUUUUUCCAUGUCAAAGUUCCUUUUGAUAAAAUAAGCCUUUGGGGGUUUUGUAAAUUAACGUUUUGACCAGUUCUUCAGUAAGAAUCUUACCAUGAGCAAUGUCUGUAUAUUUGUAAAUACAAUGUUCCUGCGGAUGUUAACACAAAUUAAAAUGCAGAUAAACAAUUUUUAUUAGAUACUUUCUGGAAAUUGGUGUUUUUUCCCCCCUCUUACUUGAUUACUUUAGACCCACUUUUCAAUCAGGGUUCUCCAAAGUGGUGUGAACAAAUGAGAAAUUGCAGCAUAAAGCCAUAAAAAAACUGUAAAGGCAAAGGGGCAUUGUUUAUGAAGACCCUGCCCCAAAGGAAAACUCUUUAACUGUCUAGACAGGUGCCCAUUUUAUAGUAUUGUAUAGUACUGUAGUGAAGAGUCUGUUCCAGAGUUAAAAGACUAUAUAUGGGGGAAGCUUGUUCUUUAUUAGGUUGGGGGCCACUAAGAGAAUAGUUCCACUCUUGAACAAGAAUUGAGUUUCUUCAACUAUACCAGAUUCCGAUUAGAAAGGGCUUUAAAGGUAAGCAUCAGCGCUUUGAAUUUAGCCUGGAAACUAGUCAGCAGCCAAUGGAGUUCAUAUAAAAUAGGCAUGUUAAUUCUCCUUCCAAUAUCAAAGGUGUACGGUCUGAAUCUAGUUUUAUUAGAGCUUCUGCCACUUGGUACUAAGUGUAGUCAAUGGAGGAGUGAAUUCAGUCUGGAAUAAGAGUUAUAAUAACACGAAUACAAAAAAAUAUAAUUAAUCCGAUUUUGACGGUUAAAAUAUUUUUAAAAAUCUCCUAAAGCUUUUAGCAUCAACUGUUUUGAAAUCUGAAAAACUGUUUAGUGUGUCAUUGAAGCAUACCACUUCACGUACCCUUAGUUACUGACCUAUUUUUCUUUGACAUGUUCUUAGAUCUGCCAUCAUUCCCCCAAAUGCAAAAUAGCUACCAUUCUCCAGAGAUCCAAGACUUCCCUUAUUUAACUCCCCCCUCCAUGCUAAAGGGGGGAAAUAGUCUUGAAAGUUAGUGAAGAUGCUAUCUUGCUUUUAUAAAUGGCUAGUGGCAAAUAGCAAUUAUAUGCUAAAUCUUGUGAGCUUCCUAUAAUUACAAAUUCAUUUAUCAUACAGAUUGAAGUUCAGUGCAAUAACCCUUUUUCAAAAUAA